AUGGUGCUUGCAUUGGUCCUGGUGCAGUUCCUCCUCUGGGCUUCAGGACGCGGUGAGGACCUUCAGAACAGCGUGAGCUGUUCGGAGGCGGAGGAUGAGGGUCUCGAGAUGCGACAACUUCGCGUCGACCGGCGCCACACGACCCCGUUUGGUGACGAACUGGACGCUUCGGCGCGCUGUUGCCUUUGCAGCUCGGGUUUGGUGACCUGGUCCACGGAUGGAUGCCGAGCCUGUCAGGACGAGGUACAGAAGAUUGCCAGCGUCAGCCCAUUGUGCAAGACAGACAGUCCCAACUUCAAGGGGAGCUCAGCUUGUCAAAGCGAAUGCCACACCCUGCUGAUGGAGCCUGGAAUUUUUGCCCAAGAAGAGGCUGACGAGCACGACGAGGUGGUUGCAGAUGAAGGUGACGACGAAGUUCUGGAGAUGUCCCAUGAAUGGGGAUUCGGCGGUACAACCGAAAAUGCAAGAGCGGCAGCGCGAACGCGAAGAUCUUCUGAAGAGGGGCGCUUGUUGAUGCGCAGAGAAACCCCGCUGGUGACUUGUCCAAGCUUCACCGUUCAGAAGCAACGGUGCAGUUGA